CAGACUAUGACACCAAUCAAACGUCACUGUAGCCAACUUUGAGGUUCAGUAACCAUGCCGUACUUCUAUGAAGAGGGCUCUCAAAGAAGAAGUGGUGUUAAUUUAUUGACAGGGGAAUAGGAAGAACUAGUUUUGUUUCAUUAAUGGCUUGGAGUUGAUGGCUGGUUGUGUCUUUGGCAACUUCAUUUUUAUGUGCUCUGUUUGGGCACUCAUACGUGGCAUCAAAUGGAAUUAAAAACGGAUGAUGGGACCAAUCAUCCAUUCUCUGUUGAAGUUAUUGUCAAAUAUGCAGUUUAGUUCCUCUGAAAUGGAUGCCAGGCUUUUUUGGAUAUGGAAAGCGGUUCGGCUUUUGGCUUGGGUAGUCCCACUUUUUGAGCUUGCAUGCCAUGGAUCUUGUUCAAAGCGAAAGUUUAAUUGACAGAUGAGGUAACUGUGCAGGUGCCUGAUUUAUGGGGAAUUGUUUACCAUUGACUGUUUUUAGUGGCUUGAAGGUAGUCCUUGUUUGAAGCAAAGAUGGUCUUUGUAUUGUUAGAUACUGAAGGCUCAGUUGCAGGAGUUUGUCCACUGUAUCAGGACUUGGGCAGUUUAACAGUUGAUGAAAUCAUCAGUGAAGGUUUAAGAAAGUAAAGCGAUCCUUUUUUGUAGCUUAGUGGAGCAUCAUGUUCCUUUACUGGAAGAAGCGGGGGGCCUAUGAGCUGGAGACCCUCCCCCCCUCUUCAAUGGAGCUGGGGGCUGAACACUACUCCUGGUCCUCCUCUUUGGAUGUCAUCCAUGAUCUUUAUGAUGAGAAGCCUGCACAGGAGGAGCAGUGCGUGUGUCAGCAUCCAGACUGCACUGAGCGCCGCCGCGCUGCAAAGGUGUGCCAUCAUCCGGACUGUCAAGACCUGAACAGCAAGAGCCCUCUCCACCUGUGUGAGUCAUGUGACUCCCGCUGUCACCUGGACGAGACGGACAAAAUGCACUUCGACCGGCACCCUCGCUUUGACCUGCAACCACAAGGUUCCAUCCUGGCGCGGAAUGUGUCCACACGCUCCUGCCCCCCACGCACCAGCCCCCCUUCGGACCUGGACGAGGAGGAGGGAGGGGGCACAGAGCGAGGGGAGCGGAAAACAGGCGGGAUAAAGCUAAGAAGGAAGGACCGGAGGCGUUACACUGAUGACCCCAGCAAGGAGUGCUUUACCCUGAAGUUUGACCUGAAUGUUGACAUAGACACGGAGAUAGUUCCUGCCGUGAAAAAGAAGACACUGAGAGAGAUCCUGGGACCAGUUUUUGAAAGGAAAGGCAUCGAGUUAUCCCGUGUAGACCUGUUCCUGGACCAGUCCAACACACCCCUCUCGCUCCAAUUUGAGGCCUACCCUUUUGGAGGACACUACAUCAAAGUCAAGGCUCGGCCCGGUGAUGAGCUGAAGGUGGAGCAGGGAGUGAAAGACUUACGCUCUCUCAGCUUACCCAAUAUGAAGAAUUCAAGUGGGGGCAGUCCUUACAUUCUUGCCCCCACCAAUGAAAAGGUUGAACAUGGUUCCCUUACCCGCAGAGAGAGCGUGGACAUACUGGGUCAGGCGCGUCGGAGAAAGAACAUGACGGAGUUCUUAGGCGAUGCCAACAUCCCGUCACCCGACUCUCUGGCCCAGCUGGGGGGUUCUCUACCCGCCAUGCCUCCCGGAUUCGAUAACCGCAAGAACCGUGCUGCCAGCCGCUUCAGCGGCUUCUUCUUCCCCGGCUCUGGCAAGGAGGUGGACCGUGUAGAGCAGCUGAAUAAUAGGCUGCAGAUGUACACCUACCAUGGCAUGCCUAAGGUACCUCCCCAGCUCUCCUUCCACCAUGACUCCUGGGAGGAGGAGGAAGAGGAACCCAACCUGACACUAGAGGAGAGCUGGCAACAACUACUGGAGAACCCAGAGACUCUGAGCAGGCGGCAGUUCCACCAGCAGGAGGCGAUAUGGGAACUGCUUCACACCGAAGCAACAUACAUCAAGAAGCUCAGGGUUAUCACUGAUCUUUUUCUUUGCGGCCUGCUGAACCUACAGGACUGUGGGUUGCUGGGUGAGGUGGAGCCAGCCAAGCUCUUCAGCAACAUCCAGGAUCUGGUGCGGGUGCACACGGCUUUGUGGAGUCAGGUCAUGCUGCCAAUGGUGGAGCGAGCACGGAGGGACCGGAACCUGCUGGACCCAACUGACCUGCUACUUGGCUUCCAAGCAUUUGCAUCCAGGUUCCAGCCCUACCUGCGGUACUGCAUGGAGGAGGAGAGCUGCAUGGAAUACAUGCGCGCACAGCUGAGAGACAAUGAGCUCUUCAAAAUCUACAUCACGUGGGCUGAGGCCAACAAGCAGUGUAACAGGCUGAAGCUGGCCGACAUGCUGGUGAAGCCUCACCAAAGACUGACCAAGUACCCAUUGCUGCUCAAAACCAUCCUGAAGAAAACGGAUGACACUGCGGCCAGAGAUGCUCUCCUCAGCAUGGUGGCAUGUGUGGAGAGCUUCAUCAACAGUGUGGACUCUCAGAUGCAGCAGAGGCAGGAGCAGCAGAAGCUGGCAGCUAUUUCGGCCCGAGUAGAGAGCUACGAGGCGGUGGAGGGAGGCAGUGAGGAGGUGGAGAGGGCACUGAGAGAAUUUAACCACAUUGACCUGACAGCUCCUAUGAUCGACACCUCUCCCGAGGAGACCAGACAGCUCCACCUGGAGGGGGUACUUCGUAUGAAAGAUGGCAAAGACAGCAGGAUGGACGUUUACUGCUUCUUAUUCACUGACCUCCUGCUCAUCACUAAGCCAGUGAAGCGGUUAGAGAAAGUGAAAGUGAUCAGACAGCCCCUGCUCAUUCAUAAUGUUGUGUGCAAGGAGCUCAAAGACCCAGGCUCUUUUGUCCUCAUCUACCUCAAUGAGUUCAAAAGUGCUGUGGCUGCCUACUCUUUCCAGGCCAACAGCACCUCUCAGGGCCGAAGCUGGAUAGAUAAAAUUUGCAGUGCGCAGAAAAAGCUCCAGCGACUGCGCUCGGAAGAGGCUCGUCGGCGGCAAGCUGGACUGAAACAGAGACUAGAGGAGGAAGAAGAGGAUGAAGGUGGAGAGGAGAGCUGUAACUCCACUGCCAGCUCCCCACGCCUCAGAAACAAGGAACAGUAUAAUGCAGGAAACUCAGACGGCUCAACAGAGACACUGUCUGUGGUGGAAAUGGAGGACUCUGGAGCGUCCUCAGACCCUCCCAUUCUGCAAGCUGACCCUGGGGGGCCCACUGAUGAAGCCCCAUCAACUUUCCCCAGCAUUUCUGAACCUCAGCAGGUCCCGGCCGCUGUGGAGGCUGACCCUCUGGAGGGCUCUGAGCCGGACCCACAAUGCCGCUCUCUCUCCAUGGACAGUGCCUACGGCACGCUCUCACCCGAGUCCCUUCUGGAGCUGCAUAGCCGGGCAGCUGCCAGUGAAGGGGAGAGCACGGAGGAGGACAUAGAACCUGAGAUUGAGGGAGAUGGGGGAAAGGCGAAUGAGGAAGAGGGAACCGCACAGGCAGCGGAUGUGACUGCUCAAGAAGAGGGUGAGGAAGAAGGAGAAGAGGAAGAGGAGGACGAUGGGAGUUCCUUUGGCUCUCGGCUCUCAGUGGCCCACCGGCUGAAGCCCAGGCGGCGGCCACCGGUCCAUUUCCGUGUUCAGAGCCUGCAGAAGAUGGCAUUCAAGUGCCGAUCUGAAGACAACCUGUUGCAGCGCGUCCAUGACGAGAGCAGGCACAGCACGGCCCAGACUGCAUCGGUCUCGGACACCCGCCGGAGGUCCAAAAUGACUGAGGGUCUGGCCUACAGCAGAAGCUUGACUGAACUGACCCCCCCUGACGCGUCACCACACCGGACAGGCAGAGAAAGGGCGGAGAGUGAUCGCCUGUCAUACAGCCUGCCUGCCUGCGUGCUUAAGGACACGCUGAGGCGCGUCAAGGCACGGCAGUCCCAGGACAAUGAGAGCAAGGGCCUGAGCUGCAGUGGCUCAGACGGAGAGUUGGAGCCCCCUAGAGCAUCAGAGGAGGAGGCACACAGUGGAAGAAAGUCACAGCAACACAAGAAGCUCACGCUGGCGCAGUUGUACAGAAUACGCACCACACUGGUGCUCAACUCUACACUCACUGCCUCGUAA